AUGGCUGUCAAUCCUCGAUACCAGAAGUGGCUGGAAGACAAGCGAACAAUUGCCCUGAAGGACCUGAACGAGGUUGACCGAUGCUUCGGAUGGGCGAAGUACGUUCACAAGGGCGACGGCGCGCAGAAGGCAGAUGAUGGUGCGAAGGAUGAGGCAAAGCCAGAGCAGGGCAGGUCGGUGGAGUGGCGACCGGCCAUCCUAAGAAAGACUGCCACCACGGAUUCUUUCGCAAUCGAAUGGGUCCAUGGCACGCCUGGCAAUUCCGAAGGGAAGCUCGAACUGCCGAAAGCAGCUGUCCUUCUGGCUCCGCGGGCGCCGAAGAUUGACGACAACACAGACCGCAGGCACCUAGAGGUGUUGAAGCAGGCAAGACGUCUCAGAGCCUCCGGCAAGUCGGACUGGGAGAUUGAAGCAUACCUCAACAAGCUACUGGAGAAACAGUGGGAGGAGCGUGAAGAGCAGAGGCGGCGUGAGGAGUCCUCCAUGGAGGCGGAGCCCAAGCCCCCGAAGCUCACCAUUGACCAGAUUCGAGCAUACAUGCAGCGGGAGGAGGGUCAGGCCGUUGGAAAGGCCUACUGA